AUGGACUCUCUCACUCUCUUCUGCACCGCCUCCCUCCUGUUCGGCGGCCUCUACUGGUUUGUAUGCGUCCUCGGCUCCGCGGAGAGAAAGGGCAAGCACGCCGUCAACCUCUCCGGCGGCUCAAUCUCUCGCGAAAAGGUCCAAGAUAAGUACAAACAGUACUGGUCCUUUUUUCGCCGUCCCAAAGAAAUCGAGAACGCCGAGAAAGUCCCGGCAUUCGUCGACACGUUCUACAAUCUCGUCACCGACAUUUACGAGUGGGGUUGGGGCCAAUCUUUCCACUUCUCCCCCUCUAUUCCCGGCAAAUCUCACCGCGACGCCACUCGAAUCCACGAAGAAAUGGCCGUAGAUCUUCUGAAUAUCAAGCCCGGGGCUCGCAUUCUCGACGCAGGCUGUGGCGUCGGUGGUCCGAUGCGCGCAAUCGCCGCUCAUUCUGGCGCAAAUGUGGUCGGCAUCACCAUUAAUGAGUAUCAAGUUAAUCGAGCACGAAUUCACAAUCAAAAAGCUGGUCUUGAUUCCCUAUGUGAAGUUGUUUGUGGUAAUUUCCUCCAAAUGCCAUUUGCGGACAGUAGCUUCGAUGGAGUUUACUCGAUUGAAGCCACUUGUCACGCUCCGAAGCUCGAAGAAGUGUAUGCUGAGAUCUUUAGGGUUUUGAAACCUGGAUCGAUGUAUAUAUCCUACGAGUGGGUUACCACCGAAUUGUAUAAUUCUGAUUAUCCCGAGCAUGUUGAGGUCAUUCAGGGGAUUGAACGAGGGAAUGCAUUGCCUGGAUUGAGAAGUUACAAAGAUAUAGCUGAGACUGCGAGGAAGGUAGGAUUUGAGGUGGUGAAAGAGAAUGAUUUGGCAAAGCCACCAGCACAGCCAUGGUGGACAAGGCUGAAGAUGGGGAGGAUUGCUUAUUGGAGGAAUCACAUUUUGGUUACGGUGCUUUCAUGGUUGGGGAUUGCACCGAAAGGGGUUGUGGAUGUUCACGAAAUGCUGUUCGUGACUGCUGAUUACCUGACCAGAGGUGGCGACACUGGUAUUUUCACUCCUAUGCACAUGAUUCUCUGCCGCAAACCCGAAAACAAGGCUUCGACAAGGGAUUAGAAGCCGGGUUGCAAUGCUUAGAGAGGUUAUUCUCAUGCUGUUCUAGUUCUUUUGUCAUAUUUGUUGGAUUAUGUUUGAUGGUUUUAAUUUAAUGCUGUGAUUGUAUUUUUUCCUUUUAAUUUAGCUUUUUAUUAUGUGUAAUUUUGAACUCUGAAUGAUAAUAAAUUUUGAGGAAGUUGGUCCUUUAAGCGUAUGAAC